AUGCUUCUAACAAUGUCCAUAUCCAAUGAUACCCAGUUUCAUCCUUCCUCCUUCUUGUUGCUAGGCAUUCCAGGCCUAGAAUCUAUGCAUACAUGGAUUGGUUUCCCUUUUUGCAUAGUGUACCUGAUUGCACUGGUGGGAAAUAUCAUCAUACUGUUUGUGAUUCAAACUGAGAAAAGUCUCCACCAGCCCAUGUACUAUUUCUUGGCCAUGUUGGCUACUAUUGAUCUGGGUCUGUCAACAGCUACCAUCCCUAAAAUGCUGGGAAUCUUCUGGUUCAACUUGAGGGAGAUCAUUUUCGGGGCCUGUCUGACACAGAUGUUAUUCAUUCACAACUUUACUGGGAUGGAAUCAGCUGUUCUCCUGGCCAUGGCUUAUGACCGCUAUGUGGCUAUCUGCAACCCACUUCGCUAUAGCAUCAUUCUCACUAACAAAGUGGUGGCUGCAAUUGGUGUUGGAGUGCUGAUGAGACCUCUCCUUACAGUCUUUCCUUUUGUGUUCUUGAUCCUGCGUCUGCCUUUUUGUGGACACAACAUCAUUCCCCAUACCUACUGUGAACACAUGGGUCUGGCCCGUCUGGCUUGUGCAAGCAUCAGGAUCAACAUUAUCUAUGGUUUGUAUGCUAUUUCUUACUUGGUAUUUGACAUCGUAGCCAUUGCUAUAUCUUAUGGCCACAUUCUACAAACUGUCUUUCGUCUUCCCUCCCUGGAUGCCCGUCUCAAGGCUCUGAGUACCUGUGGCUCCCAUGUGUGUGUGAUCUUGGCUUUUUAUUCCCCAGCCCUCUUCUCCUUCAUGACCCAUCGCUUUGGUCGGAAUGUUCCCCGUUACAUCCACAUCCUCCUGGCUAAUCUGUAUGUUGUGAUUCCACCCAUGCUCAACCCAGUAAUCUAUGGUGUCAGGACCAAGCAGAUCCGGGAACGGGUGUUAAAGAUAUUCUCACAAAAAUAA